UAUAUGAACCCCCUCCCGCCCGUGUGCUUCUGCGAUGUUGAUGAUGAUGAUAAUGGGAAUUCCAUCUGGCCCGAGUGAUCCUCAUCUUUCAAAAAGACUUCCCGUCAGAAAUGAAUUGGCUUACUGUUGACAAGAAAGAUGGAAGACUCUGAAUGUAUGGUAGUAGGCUGAUAGUCAUGACUGUUACUAUGGGCAUCUCCUUGGACUAUCUGUGGCCCUCAGCAAGCGUCUUUAUCCUGGUCCUGGAGACCCACUGGCCGUGCAGGCUUUUUUCCCACCCAGCAGUAAGGCACCUGAUUCCACUCUUCAAAGGCUUAAUGAGGAGUUGAUUAGUUGAAUCAGGUGUGAGAGAAUGGGCACACCCAGAGUUAAAGACGUUCUGAGACGAGUUCUAAGAAGUUGGAGUUCCAAGCCAUUCUAGAAGUAAGAGGGAAAGAUGGAGGAAACAAAAUGGGGUAACCUCUUUUCUAAGUUGUCAGUUAUCACUAGAGGGUCAGUUCACAACUGUGUCACUGAGCUUCGAGGCCCAGUGUCUGUGGUUGGUCCUUUCUGGUACCAUACAGUCCCAGUGGUAGUACACAUACAAUGGCUGUGAUUCUCUGUAGGCCAGAGUCUGCAGUAGCGAGCGAGCGUACCCACUCCCCACGGAAUGACUAGCCUCUGGAGCAUUAUAGGGCAGAGGCGUCAGAUAUGGCCCUCACACAGGGAGGGGUCUGUGUAGGCCAGUCUGAGGGGGGUUCACUGCCACAAAGAUCUGUCUGUCCUCCUCUGGAGCAGAGAAUGUGAGUGUCAUCGGUCAUUGUUGGGGGAGAGAGGGAUGGAGGGAAUGAGAGAGGGGGAAGGACAGAGGAGUAAUGUUGCUGUCACUCCUGUCUCGUUUGAAUGAGUUUGGGCUGAGAGUGAGCGUGAGAGCAGGCUGGUGUUUGCAGGGGAAAGGAUAGACGCGGGACACAGGACAUCACCGUGCUACUGACAGAUAGGAUACAGCAAUGGGAGAGAAGGACUGAGGCUGAUGCUAUGAUGCCAGGGCCUGCCUCUGACUGACCUUCGAGGAACUUUCUUUUUGGACCAUGGCUUUUGCUGUCAUUUUUGUCUCAAAUCAAAACAAAUCAACAUGGCGAGUUUUGGGACUUAGAGGAGGCUUGACCCAUUGCAAGAUGGAUGGCUUAUAUCGCUUUCAUUGUACACGGAGAUGUGUAUAUGGCCAGAUGACAUUUCUUUCUUAAUAAGCCUGAGGCUUGAAAUCGAGAGUUAUUGUCUGAAAUGAACCAAUGCUGAGUCCAACUCCUGAAGUCCACAGAGCUCGGUCGCCACAGUCUUCUCUACUUGAAGGAGAUCGGCGAUGGCUGGUUCGGAAAGGUUCUCCUGGGGGAGGUGAAUGCGGGUCUCAGCACCACCCAGGUGGUGGUUAAGGAGCUGAAGGCCAGUGCCAGUGUUCAGGACCAGAUGCACUUCCUGGAAGAGGCCCAGCCAUACCGUGCCCUCCAGCACCCAGCCCUCCUGCAGUGCCUGGCGCAGUGCACUGAGGUCACCCCUUACCUGCUGGUCAUGGAGUUCUGCCCUUUGGGUGAUGUGAAAGGGUACAUGCGGAGCUGUCGGACUGCAGACACAAUGACCCCUGAACCCCUGAUACUGCAGAGGAUGGCCUGUGAGAUUGCCUCAGGACUCCUGCACCUACACAAACACAACUUCGUACACAGUGACUUGGCCCUGAGAAACUGCCUUUUGACCGCUGAUGUCACAGUGAAGAUUGGAGACUACGGCCUGUCACACAAUAAGUACAAAGAUGACUACUUUGUGACGUCAGACCAGAUGUACGUGCCACUGCGUUGGAUCGCUCCAGAACUCAUAGAUGAAGUCCAUGGCAACCUACUGGUAGUAGGCCAGAGCAAACGGAGCAACGUCUGGUCUCUGGGCGUGACUAUCUGGGAGUUGUUUGAGUUGGGCAACCAGCCGUACAGACACUAUUCUGACAGGCAGGUCCUGACGUACGCUGUGAGGGAACAGCAGCUCCGACUGCCCAAGCCCCUGCUCAAUAUACCCCUGGCAGAGCGCUGGUAUGAGGUGAUGCAGUUCUGCUGGCUCCAACCAGACCAGAGGCCCAAUGCAGAGGAGGUCCACCUGUUACUCAGCUACCUGUGUGCCAAGGGGGCCAACGAGGCCGAGGAGGACUUUGAGAGGCGCUGGAACUCCCUGCGUCCCAACCCCAACGCUGGCCCCAACAACAGCCUCCACCAUGGGGCAGGAGCCCUGGCCAUUGACCUCCCCUCCUCCUCCUUCCCCCUGCUGGAGCAGUUCUCUGGAUGCGACGGCUACCACAGUGAGUCAGGAGAUGAUAUACUGACCGUGACCGAGACCAGCCACGGCCUGAACUUCGAGUACAAGUGGGAGAAGGCUCGGGCGGGGGCGGAGCAGCCUUACCACCGUGCUGCCUUGUCCUCCAGCGGUACCCUGGGGGCCGUCAACUACCACCACCAGGACCUGUACUACCCCCCUGGGCCAGGGGGCAUGGUGGGGGGCUGUGGUGGGGUGGCCUACUACGAGCCCAAGAUGCUGCAUGGUUCUGGGGUCGGGGUGGUGCCGGUGCUCAGCGCCUGUAGUCCUUCAGUGAGCGCUGAGUACUACGUCCGCAUGGAGGAGCCUGGUGUGGACUGUCACAUCAACAUGGACCUGGACUACACCAUGUGCUCCUACAGCCCAGACUACCAGGGCAGCAACAGGAGCUUCCUGACAGGCAGUGGCAGUGCAGACUCAGGGGAGUGUAUUAUGGGGAUGGGUGCAUGUCCCUCCCAGGCCCACUCCAAGCCUGUGGACUCGUACUGGUCGGCAGACAUCCGUAAAGCUGGGGGUGGUGGAGCGUAUGACUCGGACCCAGAUGGAAGCCCGGCCAUCUCCCUGACCAUGGAACCCCUGCUGGGGCAAGUCUCUGACUCCAGCCCCCUGAGACCCUGGGAGGCUGGUCAUUACGUCUCCUACAAGGACCGGGAUGGGGGGUUCUACUACGAACACUCACCCCCUAUGGGCAUAGGCCACCACAUGGGUCUGGGUCUGGACCAUCACCAGCACUACCUGAUGGGGCGGGAACACUCUCCCCCCGAGCCCCACCAGGAGAGCUGGGGGUCCCGGAGCCUGCGUCAGGCCCUGGGGGAACUGGAAAACCCUCUGGGGAUAUCUCCCUCCAUCAGUACCCCUCCCCAGGGUGGUGGUCCUCCUUUUGGAGUAGGGGAUCCCUACCUGGAGACGACCAAGGGACCAGGCUCCAUCAUUGGGGGGAGUAGCGUCACUGGGGGUUACUAUGACAUGAUGGGUUCUCUGAGGAAAACCAUGCCGACCAUGCCAGGCCACACCCACUCAGUCAGCAUCACCAUGGCGUCGGAAGACUCGGACGAGGAAGAGGAUAUAUUCUCAGAGAGGCAGAGAAUCAACAGUAGUAACACCUGGCCCUCUAAUCUCUCUAACCAUUGCACUAACAACAACAGUCUAGGCCUGGGCCGUAGUAGACAGGCUGGCUGUAGGCAACAACAGGAUGCCUAUGUAGACUUUCUCUACACUAUGCCCACUACCGACAUAGAGGACUCGUGGCCUGAGGAGCACAACCUGACCUUCCGCUCCUCUGUCUCUGCUGCAGUUAAACCCAUAGACUGCCUGGAGGCUACGGCGGCUUCGGCUAAAGACAGCAGCUGUCUAUCCCUGGGGAAGCAUCAUACCCUGAUACCCUCCGACGACGCCUACAACACCUACAUCUAUCUGUGCCAUGAGAGGGAGGGGGAGAGGGAGGUGAAGCCGCCACCAAUCGAGUGCUGCCACUCUCAUUUCGUCGACCCCCUUACAGGCCUAGUGGUGCGAAACUACACCUGUGAUGGCUACAGAGAUCAGAUUGUAGAGAUACUCAACAACGAGGAAGAGAGUGUGAAUCUGUCUCCAGCACCGGGAGGGCCUAGUGUGUCUAAAUCAACCCUGACACACAACACUAACACAACCACAACCGUAACCAACCUUGACCACCCUGUUCAGUAUGUUGACAUCACUAUGGACGAUACCCUUUCCAUAGACCACAAGCAAGAGGUUGUCACAGAAGACAAAGGGGUUCUCACGGAUCCUAAACCAGAGGACAUGACUAUGGCUAUGACUGCCCCACUUCCCUCAGUGAAUGUGCCUGGCCUAGUCUGCUUGGUUGAGCCAGAGUCAGAGCUGAGCCAUACGUUAGACAGCGGCCUGGACAGAGACCACUGCUCCAGCAUCAGUCUAGUGGACAUCUCCGACUGCUAUACCGACGACGAUGAUGAAGACGAUGACAUUACUGACGUGACCUCAGGGAUCUUUGCUGACGAGGCAUCGGCCGGGGACCUUAACGCCUCCCCCUCCUUGGCCCAUCCCCUCAAGUCCCUGCAGAAGCAGGUGGGAACACCCGAUUCCAUGACUUCCAUGGAUUCCAUGGACCUGAUGCCUUUAGCGGCCGGCUCCACCACAGAGCCAUUCAGCCCUGCCUUCAGCUCCUCCCACCCAUCUAGUUCCUCCCCCAAGGCAAUGGAUAGCGGGUACGACACAGAGAAUAACGAGAGCCCAGAGUUUGUCCCCAAGGAGCCCCACAAUGAGCCCCGGGACCCAAAGACAUUCACCCAGCCACUUGGAGAGUCUGUCCUGGACACCAGCCUGGAUGAAGAGGGGGAGGAGGGGGGAGAGGAGGCCGAGGUGGCUCCACCGGAGGAUGAGGAUGAACCUACCCUGGAUGAAGAUGUGACUCUAGCAGCCUCACAGACCACAGACAAAGAGAAGGAGCUGGCCCCCCUCAGUGAGAAGAACCCUUACAGGGACUCUGCCUACUUCUCUGACUAUGAGAAUGAGCGCCUUUCCAGGGAUGAUGAGGAUGAGAAAGUGGGGGGUGAUGAAAAUGUAGGAGUGAAGGAGGGAGAAAAGGAGGAGAGCCUGACAAGGAAGAGGGAACUCAGCCCUCUUCGUAUAGAGGAAGAGGAGGGAGAGGGGGAGAUGAGCCUGACAGAGAAGAGGGAACUCAGCCCUCUUCAUAUAGAGGAAGAGGAGGAGGGAGAGGGGGAGGUGAGCCUGACAGAGAAGAGGGAACUCAGCCCUCUUCAUAUAGAGGAAGAGGAGGAGGAGGAGAGUCUGACAGAGAGGGAGCUCAGCCCUCUUCAUAUAGAGGAAGAGGAGGAGAGCCUGACAGAGAAGAGGGAACACAGCCCUCUUCAUAUAGAGGAAGAGGAGGAGGGAGAUGAGACCUCAGCUCUUCUGGAGGAGAGUGAAGACCCAGAGAUGGAGGGUUGCUUGACAGAAGAGUGCCACCAUGAUGAAGGGCUGGAGCUGGGGCUAGAAUUGGCCUCUAAUAUCUCUGGAGAAGUAGAGGAAGGGUCAGAGGGAUGGCCUGCCCAGGAGGAGCCCUCUUCCCUGGGAGACUGGGCAGCAGAGGUGGUGGGGGCUAUGGAAGAAGCCCUGGGGGAACUCAAGAGGAGCAGCAGUACUGAAACCAACUCUGGUACCAAGGAGGAAGAGGAAGGAGAGCGAAGAGACAUGGAGGACUCAUCUGAAGCCUUAGAAUUAGCAGAUGUCCUACAAGAAGCAUCUUGCGAAAGGUCAGAGAGCAUUGACAAGGACGAUGAUGAUGAAGAGAACGGACCUCCCGCACGACGUCAACGCUUCUCCUCCUCCUCCCCUCCCUCCAUUCCUCCAUCACCUCUCCCCCCGAUGACUCCCCCUCCGGUCCGGGUGUCGCUCACAGACGGGGGGGAGGCGGAUGAGGAGGACGGAGAUGGUGACUCGGAUGACAGUGAGUCAGAUGAGGAGCUGAGGUGUUACAGUGUUCAAGAGGAGCAGAGUGGAGGGGAGGAGAGCGAGGAGGAGAACCAUGUGGUACCCAUCGUGGUCAGCGACUGUAGCGAUGCUCAUAACCUACGUAGUCUACUGAAGGUGCCCACCACGCUCACCUCCGAGUCGCUCGCUGAUGACCUGCUGGGACGAAAGAAGAAGGUGGUGUCCUUCUUUGAUGAUGUCACUGUUUACUUGUUUGACCAGCAGAGCCCAACUAAAGAGCUGGCUGAGCAUGGUUUCUCUCCAGAAGCUGAGACCAGCGGACAGGGUUCAGAGAGCAAACAACCAACCUCUGAUGACUCCUCAGAUGGAAACAUCUCAGAAGAGAGUGCAGGGUAUGAGUGGGAGGAUGACUUCCCCUUGUUGCCCCUCCCGACUUCCUCAUCCAAGAUGGCUGCCUCCUCCUCAGCCUCAACCCCCUCCACACCCAGCCUGCCCGCCACCUCCAAGGCCCCGGAGCCCAAACCAGCGGUGCAGUACUCCCGCUUCACCGUUUCCCCUAGCCAUGUGUCUCGCUUCUCCAUCACACACGUCUCCGACUCCGACAUAGACUCUGGUCCAGGGAGCAGUGAGGAUGGGGACAGAGAGUAGACAGCCACCCAGGAGCUGCACCACAUAAACUUAUCGUGACUUUUAUGUAGAGCUUUUUGGACAUCAGGUUUCUGAAAAGACAGUGCCUCUUAUUGUUUAUGGUGUGGAAGAAGAGGGGAAAAGAGAAUCAACUCUUAUGAGAAUAUAUAAAAUAAUAUAUGAUAAUAUAGUUGAAAUUGGAAGUUUACAUACACCUCAGCCAAAUACAUUUAAACUCAGCUUUUCACAAUUCCUUACAUUUAAUCCUAGUAAAA